UCCCCGCGCCUUCUCUUCGAAUUUGUGACGCCGUCUGUACCAACUGAACCCGUCAAUGAUAGCCGUAACUUUAAACAAGUCGAUAAGCGCAACAUGAUUGUCAUUAUUUUCUACUAUUUGUCAUAGCAACAAGUAAAAAUUUAACAUCUUGGUUGUAAAGGUGUGAUAUGUUCGUGUAUUUUAAAGCCACUUUUAAUGAUGGCCUCGAUUGUUGACAGUGAUGAUACUAAAGAAAACGUUAUUGUUUUUGAUAUGUCAAAAAAUGAAAGAAAAUUGAACGACGAGUUUAAAAUACUUCAACGAAAAUUGAAGACAAAAUGGAAAUUUAUAGAAAAUAAUGAGGUGAUAUCGCAAGAAUCGUUGUUAAAUGCUACUCUUUUAAUCUUGCCGGGACCGCUAAAUAAAUUUACCGAACUAGAAAUGAAUUCUAUUAGAACAUUUUUAAAUUCUGGUGGCAAAGUUCUUGUCAUGCUUGGAGAAGGUGGUGAAAAUAAGUCUAACACAAAUAUUAAUUUUUUAUUGGAAGAAUUUGGUAUAAUGGUGAAUAAUGAUAGUGUAGUGCGUAUGAGUUAUAGUCAAACGAUGCAUCCUAAAGAAUCUUUGAUUUUACAUGGAUUAUCAAACAAAUCUACAUUCCUCGGAAAUUAUGAAUACAUAGGUAUGAAAUUUUUAUAUCCUUAUGGUGCAACUUUAAACGUAAUACAGCCUUCUAUUGUUGCUCUGUCAAGUGGAUCCAUUGCUGUACCAAUGAAUAGACCAAUUUGUGCGUAUCACUGUGUAAAAAAUAGCAGCGGCAAACUAGUUGUAUUAGGUUCAUCUAGAAUGUUGACGGAUGCUUAUAUAGAAAAAGAGAAUAAUGAUACAUUGAGAGAAAUGAUCUUUGAUUUUUUUGAGUUAAAUGGCGCUGGAAUAAUGGAUCUUUAUACUGAUGAUAUAGAAUUUUGGGAAUACAAUUUUGUACCAGAUAUAACAAAGGAAGUGGAUAAUCCAAAAGUUUGUACUCAAGAUUUGGAUAGUAUUGAUAUACCUCGUGAAUACACCAAAUUAUUUAAACAUCAUUUUUAUUCAAUAAAUUUGAAUAUGAUACCAGCUUGUACAAAAGCGUAUAAAGCUUUGGAUGUAAAGCAUGAACCACUUACUUUGAUUCCACCUCAUUUUGAGGCACCUUUACCACCUACACAACCUUCGGUAUUUCCUCCGAGUUUCCAAGAAUUACCACCACCUGCUUUAGAGCUAUUUGACUUGGAUGAAGCUUUUAGUUCUGAUUUGUUGAAACUAUCGCAGCUUACUAAUAAAUAUAAGGCGACAAAAGAUUCGUUAAACGUCAAAGACAUUGACCACUAUAUUAGAGAAUUUGGAAAUGUGAUAAAAAUGAACAAUUUCAAUACUGCUAAAGAAAUAUUAAAUUUUGUUUUUCAAAAAAUCAGCAGUUAUAAAGCAAUGCGUGAAUAAAAUAUAUAAAUUUGCGUAGC